AUGAAGGAUCCUUUUUCAAUGACCUCUGGAGUGUUUGCUAGCAGGAAAGUUGAUAGAGGGAGAGAAUUGAGCCCUCAUCUUGCCGAGGGCAACUUAGUUGUAGAGCCGCAAGUGAAGGAGUGCUGGAUCAGUGAACUGCCCAAGGCUGCUUCUCAGGUGGACGCUCAAAGGUUACCUCCCAGCCAUAUUGAUUCGUUCUAUACUGUCCAAACCUCACGAGCAGCUCUAAUUUAA